CAACUUCAAAUCCGAAGGACGCUCGUCGACCUUGAGACUGUUAGGUGUUAGAUAUUUUCUAUCUCCUGGCUGCUCCUCGUUCACUUCCAAAUCCCUCAUCAUUGUUGAUUGUACAUAGUACUCAAUGUAAGUGUAUGCUGCGAGUUUUGAGGGUUCUGGGACUCAUCUGCCUCAGAAUUCGGGAUUUUUAUUUCCGCUCGCAUAUUUGUUUUCCGGAUUACUUCCUCGUUUUCGUAUACACUAGUUCAGGAACACUGUGAUUUUUCAACUCCAAAUUAAAACUCGAAUUUUCGCUCAUCUGAAGGAAGAUAACGCAUAGACUAGACAUAAACCUGUUGACGUCUGAAAUAUAUUUGCAAUGAUAUGCGACGAGGCUUUCAUAUCUUCGUCUUUAGAUAACAUGUCAAGCGAAAACGUCAGUUCCUGGCAUACUGACAUACAACCAGCAGUCCAGCAUCACAUCGACCUUAAGUCAAAAUUGUGGUCAAAAGAAAUUCAGUUGGAUGUUUGUGAUAGAUUUAGUCUUUCAACACUUCUUGAUUUUAUGAAUAUGAUUCGGAAUUUGUCGUCUACUCACAUAAAAAAUAAUCCUACAUCUGACUCACCAGUGGACCACACUUACUUGAGUCUCCCUUCCAGUGUUUGUUUGGACAAAACCUCACUGACAUUGCAUUAUCCUCUCAGUGAUUAUGGCUCUGUGCACGAUAUUCUUUGUAAGAAAGAGGGCGGUUUGAACGAAAAACUGGUAUGCGCCAUUAUGGGCCGAGUAGUAUUGUGCCUUGACCAAUUGCAUAAUAGUGGUUUACUUCAUCGAGGUUUAUGUUCGAAACAUCUACUUUUCAAAAAAACGUUAGAUCCUAACUCAAAGUCUCAUAAAUUAAGUGUGGUUCUCUGCGGCUUGGGAAGUAUGGCACAGCUACCACCAUCCUGGAGUACUGUGGCGCGAAAUGAUCUGCCCUUCCUUUAUGUUGCAUGGCGUGGUUGGAGGUUGCAUGAGUCGUCAGGAGGUGAAUCAUAUAGCCAUCCAGUAGCAUGGUACAGCCCGGAGUUAUUGGCACAGGAUUUUACUGGAUAUUCGUGGUCUUCAGAUAUAUACAGUUUAGGUCUUAUUUUGUACGAAAUGUUCACUGGUCAACCGCCAUAUAUAGGAUGUCCUCCUUCUCUUAUAUUCCUGAAGAAAAUGCUCCAGCUAGAUUUCCCUCAACUUCACUAUUUGAAAUUACGUCCAAAAGCAUAUGAUUUAAAAAAUAAAAACUGAUAAAUUUAUUUACGAAAUGGUGCUAUUUAAGGCAGAUAGAACUAGAUGAGCACAAUUGGGCGUACUAUAUUCAUGAUUCGUAAUCGGCGCGCAACCAUGUACCAAGGAGUCGUCAGUUGAUACAAAAACUACAAUUUGUCGACUGGGAUCUCCACUGCUUUCCAUCGGUAAAAUCAUGUGAAGAUGAAUUGUAUGCGAAUCGUACCUAAUGAAACUAAUCCGCCCAGUGCUGAAAUGGAAGCAAUCUACAAAGCUUGUACGCAUUAUGAUCCAAAACAACGUCCAUCUACAAAAGAUUUACUAAAUAUGCCAUGGAUACAAAAUGGUUUAAACAUAGUUAUCACAACUAGCGAGUUAGAUUCCUUACGUUGAAAUACUCAACUAAUCAAAACGGUAGUUUGAGCAAGUGACAUUCUCUAUAUUAGAAAACUUCUUUACAGUAAUAUUCUUCACAUUUUUACAAUAUUUACAAUAUUUAUAAAUCGAGUGUACAGAUGUAUGUAUAAAUCAGAAUUAAUACAUGGUAGUCUAGUUUUUA